AUGGAUUCAUCCCAAUUACGGCAGCAAAUCCAAGUACCAGCGUUCAACUUCGAAAAUCCCGAGAGCCAGUUUGGCAGAGAGAUCACAUCGCCCCAUCCUACACCUGUCGUCACCAUGAACGGUGGCACCGUGCCUCCAAAGACCGACGCGAUGACGGCACCGCAGGGAAUGUGGACAACACCGACAUCCCAGGGAAUGAGACCCAGGCCUGCGACUAUUCACGAAGGCUUCUCGUACUGCGUGGCGGAGCCGUACGAGGGUCUGCCAGCUUGGGACUCGUCAUCUUUGCAAAUGCAGCAGACACCUAGCGAUGGCAUGUCGUCGAGACCUAUCUCCAUGCACCAGGACUUCUAUCCGGCGACUACAUUGGAGAGCAGUGAGUGUUUUAGCAGAGGAGGCUAUGGCGGCUUCGAGGGGCUAACCAUCCCCUCAGAUUCGUGGCCGCAAAAGCCUUGCGAUGACCAUUUCGAGAUUCAUGGGUUGGAGCCCGAGAUGAACAUUGGGCAGGCUUACACCACUGACGAGGCGAAUCCCAUUAUUGACCUCAGGUAUCCUGGUCAACAGGUGGAAGGCGACUCGAACAACUUUGAGCAUGGGUUGAACCCUCGCAGAAUGUCUGGGUCGUCUUUUACCGUGUCCACGUCGGGCGGCAUGUCAGAAAUGCCUCCCUACGAGGAUUUCUCCACGACCCUCUCCGAAGCGCCUUCCUUCUCGUCUGAGUACCCGCCGCCGUCCAACCGAAACUCGAUGAUUUCAUCUACGCAACUGUCUCCUGUAGCUUCCCCACGCAUGACACCUCAGAGCCGGUCAGAGUUGGUUAGAACUCAAAGCAGAGGGCGCGCAUCGCCUUCUCCACGACCUGGAGUUCGCGCGGCCCCUUACUCAGUGGAAAGCGCCAGGAACAAGAGGUGGUCGACUGGUUCAUACGGGACGGCGAAUCGGAGACCUUCCCCCUUUGUGUAUCACCCUCAUGACGUUUUCAACCAGCACAAUCGGAUGUCGUCUCGCCACUCGUCACCUACUAUCGGACACGGCCCCCUCCCCUUGAACUACGGCAACCUCCAGGCAGCGCAGCAGCACCCCUAUCUGAUGAGCAAUGCACCGGCAUUCCAGAGAAACAGCAUGCUUCUGCCCACGCAACUUCCGUCUCAUGUCUUCCACCAUGACACGCAUCACCACCAUCCUCAUCAGUUUGAGAACGCGCCCCCCCUGCUCUCACAUGGACUAUUCCGCAUGCUUCAAAGCAAUGCCGACCCCCACUCUCUCCACAGCCACUACGCUGACCUUUCUGACCCCCCUGAUCUGUAUGCUUCUCUUCAGGAGGAGCAGAUUCCUCCACCGCCCGAAGAUAUGAACCCAUCCGACCCAGACUUGAUCCCCCACGAGCAAGAGCUGAGGUUUGAGGGUGACUUGUACACCCCAAGAUGGGUUCGCGGACAUGGUAACAAGCGGGAAGGAUGGUGCGGCAUUUGUAAGCCUGGAAGGUGGCUUGUCCUGAAGAACUCUGCUUUCUGGUACGACAAGAGCUUUACUCAUGGCAUCAGUGCCGCAACGGGUAGCCCAUUCCAGGAGCCUCAAGACACGAGGCGCAUGGAUGGUAACCCUGAUGUCUGGGAAGGACUGUGCGGCAGCUGCAACGAAUGGAUUGCAUUGGUGAGCAGCAAGAAAAAGGGAACGACCUGGUUUAGACAUGCCUACAAGUGCCACACGCACCCAAAGAUCAAGGACGCACCUAAGCGCAGAAGGGAGAGCAGCAAUACCCGUGCUCUGGCGGCCACCAACAUGGCAAAGCCGGCAACCAAUCCGUUGACGCCCCAAAUGACACCACAGGUGUCAACGACAAACACUCCUGCUCCCGCUCCCCUUCAGUCGCAGCCUCAGCACCAGACUCAACAGGCUCUGGAACAGGCUCUGGACCAGAGACAGACACCAACCCCAGUUCAAAGCCAACACCCGCCACAUGGUCCUCCUCCCCCGCCUCCUACGCAGCACCAGCAGCAGCCUCAGGGGCAGCAGCCGCAUACUAUGCCGUCGCAGCAGCACCAACAAUACAAUCAGCAUCAGCAGAGCCAUCCUCCACCGCAGCCAGUCAUCCAGCUGCAGCCUCCGCCGGUCCGUCACUUCCACCGACACCUCCCACCUCACCUCCAGCUCCACCCGACGUCAGCUCCUCCGCAGCCUCCCAGAACAGCCAUCAUGAGCCCCAUCCCUCCCAUGGCUCCCAUGGACGGCUUUGCGAACAUGAUCUAG